GCAGACUGGGGCUGUCUAUACUCCCAUCCCUCCUCUUGCAACCUCGCCCAAUUGCACCGACGUUGUUGCCCUCAUCGCUUCACCCCCCUCAGAACCCUACUGUGGAUCUACCGCUCUUCCUCAGAUUUGAGGUUUGCCGCUGGUGGGUAUCCCGAGGCGUUUUGGGUUUUUCUGGGUUGGAGGGUGCGAGAAGCGGACCAGAGGAGGGGAAAUAGGGGGCGUGAGAGCGAGCGAGUGAGAGUUAAUGAGCAACUCGGAAAAUAUGGAUAAGCAGCCGUUGUCUAUGGCUGAUCUCGGGGUGGCCCUGCCACCGACCUCUGGAGCUUUGAGUGCUGCUGAUCGCGCCGGGCUGGUGAAUGUCUUGAAGGAUAAGCUUCAAUUACUAGCUGGAAUGCCAUCUGGUUACUUGGAGUCGCUUCCUGCUAAGGUGAAGAGACGUGUGUCAGUCCUCCAGGAGCUGCAGGCUGAGCACGAUGAGCUUGAAGCUAAAUUUUUUGAGGAGAAAGCAGCUCUUGAAGCUAAGUAUCAGAAGUUGUACGAACCUCUUUACGUGAAGCGAGCGGACAUUGUAAAUGGUGUUGUGGAAGUUGAGCCUGCCAAGGAUGAAGCUCCUGAAGCGGCAGAGCCAGCAGAAGAGGGCAAGGAGGAAGUCAAGGGAGUGCCCGAGUUUUGGCUAACAGCGAUGAAGACACAUGAGAUUCUGGGCAUGCAGAUUACUGAUCGCGAUGAAGGUGCCUUGAAGUUUAUUAAAGACAUUAAAUGUUCCAGUCUCGAUGAGCCAACUGUGAACAAGGGAUUUAAGCUUGAUUUUUACUUCGAAGAAAACCCUUAUUUCAAAAAUUCCGUGCUCAGUAAGACGUACCACAUGAUUGAUGAUAACGAGCCAAUCUUAGAGAAGGCUGUCGGAACGGAGAUCGAGUGGAAUUCUGGCAAGAACUUAACGCAGAAGGUGAUGAAGAAGAAAGCGAAAAAAGGAUCAAAGAACACAAAACCUGUGACGAAGACUGAGAAUUGUGAUAGUUUUUUCAACUUCUUUAAUCCUCCUCAAGUACCUGAGGAUGAUCAAGACAUUGAUCAAGAGAUGGUCGAGCAACUUCAAGACUUGUUGGAGCAAGACUACGACGUAGGGUCCACGAUUAGGGACAAGAUUAUUCCUCAUGCUGUUUCCUGGUUUACGGGAGAGGCUUUGCAAGGUGAGGAUUUUGAAGAUGAUGACGAAGAAGGCGACGACGACGACGACGACGACGAAGAUGACUAUGAUGAAGAUGAAGACGAUGAAGAGGAAGAUGAAGACGAGGAAGAUGAUGAUGAAGAAGAAGUGCGAGGCCGCAAGCGUGUAGUUCCCACACGGAAGGGUGGUGCAUCCAAGGCGUCUGAUGGACAGCAACAAAGUGGCGAGCAGCCUCCGGAGUGCAAACAGCAGUAACCUUAUGGGAAGGACGGAUAAUUUAUUUUGAGGUUGAGAUAGUACAUUAAAAAUUGUGGCAGCAUUUUGAGGGACAAGAUCCCAACUGAAUCUUUAGUUGGCGAGGCACCUGCAAUUAUUACCUAGUUCGAGUGCUGAGGUUUUCUCGUUCAUCCUCGAGGAUGGUUCGUUAAAUCUAUUUGUUCGUGAUUAGUGGAUAGGGCAUGAAAUAUUGCAGUGAAAUCGGAUUUUUAUAGAAAAUUUGGAAAAUGAGAACGUAAUUCAUAAAUUCGGUGUCACUCAUCUUGAUUUCUCUCUGGAUCGUUCCCUUUGUCCUCACUUAGUUUUGUGUACAGCCUGCAGUUGAGCAUUAAAACCGUACUUUCAAUUUGUGUAAAGUACCUUCUGGUAAAGUUUAUAGAAUGGCUCUCAACCUCGUGAGUGGA